AUGCCCCGCUCCGACGAAGCAGAAUGGUGGAUCAACGCCGUCUACGAAGCCAUCCAGGAGAUUCCCUACGGCCGCGUAACCUCCUAUGGCCAUAUCGCUCUGCUUCUAGGAUAUCCUAAACGUCCCCGGCAAGUAGGCGUAAGCCUGAAACAUCUCCCCUCGGCCCCCUCUGAUGCAGCUGCGGAGGCAAUAGAGGAAGCAGAGGCAGGAGCAGCAUCAACCACCCCGUUCUUCCACUCCGGUAACGUUCCGUGGCAGCGGGUGAUUAAUAGUAAAGGGAUGAUCUCGCAUCGUGGACCGGGGAGUGCAGAACGGCAGGCUGAAGCACUGCGAGCGGAGGGUGUGGAGGUAGAGGUGGAUAGUAUGGGGGAAUUCUAUGUGGAUUUGGGGCGGUUUGGCUGGUUUCCUGAGGUGUUGCCGAGUGAGGAGGGGCUGGAUUCAGAGGAAGAGGAGGAGGAGGGAGAUGACAUAAACAAGAACGGUACACUGCUGUAG